UACACACACUGGAAGUGACAGCGAGGGUAACCAUCCUGACGCCGAUACCCUUUCAAAAUAAUGCGAAUUUAAUCUUGCUUUUGUUGCGUCGAACACUACGUGUUCUUAUAUCACUAAUUAAUGAUACUAUUUUAAUCAGUCACAUCCAUUCUUCAAAUCGGCAGUGUUAUUUAACUGUAAUAUCCAGAAUAUAACAGAUUUUUACACCGCUUUUUCAUAGUGCAUCUGAUGAAAACGACCGAGAGGGGUUAUCUACUCCUCUCACUCGAACAUGAUCUCGAGGAUCUUUAGAGGAGCAAACUUACACAAGUGAAAUCCAGUUUAUUUUUAAUGACAGUAUAAAUAAGUGUUGAUGACUGUGAUGCAUCUGGCUAGAGCUCCCCAUGCGCAUGGAUGCGGUAACUGCAGCGGUUCUGGGCGUGCGCACACCCAGCCAGCUGUAGGAUGGGGUUGAGGCGAGAGGAGAAUAUCAAACAGGCACCUCAUGGCUCAGCAUCAUCACCGGGCUGAGUUAGGAUUUGCGCACCCUCCAAACUUGGCUUGGGACCUCAGCAUGUGAACGGGCUGUGCAGGAGGAAGGAUCCACCUAUAAUGUCAGCUCUGAAGAAGGUACUGCCAGGCAUACUGCAGAAGCAUUGCUGUAUCUUACCAGAAAGGAACACAGGUGUGAAGCGGUUGCUGAUGAAAUUGAAGAGCAGGGAGAUAUACUCAGACCAGCAGUAUUCAUGGUCGCCCUCGCAGUACUUCGAUGAGGACACCUACUCCCCUCCACCCAGGAACAUGAAGGGUCUCUCCGGUGGCCGCCCUGCCCAGCUGCAGCUCACCUCUCCCGCCUCAGCUCACACCUGCGGCCUGGCUGACUGUGACCACAUCCUGGACCACCACCUCCAUCAUGGCGACACAAGGUCACCCUCCUACCUCCUCAGCCCCACCGAGAGCUGCCCCCUCGAGAGCCACCACCGCUGUUCCCCAAGGAGCUCCAUCCACUCUGAGUGCAUGGUGAUGCCAGUGUCCAUGUCGGCCACUGACCACUCCAUCUCUAGUAGCACUUUCCCCCGCAUGCACUACGGCAGUGCUUCACGGGAGAGCGGUGGAAACACUUCGGGUGGCAGGGAGUCCCGGGAUGAUGGUGGCUCGUCCUCGCACGGCGGCAGCGGCAAAAUGAACCGGAUCCCAGCAAACCUCCUGGACCAAUUUGAAAAGCAGAUGCCGCUGCACCGGGACGGCUUCCACACACUGCAGUACCAACGCACCUCCACCACAACCACAACGACAGAGCAGCGCAACGAAAGCCCGGGCCGAAUACGCCACUUAGUUCACUCGGUACAGAAGCUUUUCACAAAGUCCCACUCUCUAGAAGGUUCCUCCAAGAUGAACGGUACCAAAGGCGACUCGCACCGGGACAACUCGCACCACCACCAUCACCACCACCAAGGCCACCACAAACACAGCAAACGCAGCAAGAGCAAAGACCGUAAAUCUGAGGGCAAGCAACGCUCCGGGGGCUGGUGGAGCUCGGACGAUAACCUGGACAGUGACAGCACGUACAGAACGCCGAGCAUCAUGUCGCGGCAUCCUGUGGACCACAUCAGCCACUGCUACCCUGACUCCAUGCACAGUCACCUGGCAGGAGACCUGUCCCUAAAGACCUCUAAGAGUAACAAUGACGUCAAGUGCUCGGCCUGCGAGAGCAUAAGCAUGGCACCGGAAGGCAAAUUCAUGAAGAGGAGCUCCUGGUCGACGCUAACGGUCAGCCAAGCCAAGGAGGCCUACAGGAAGUCCUCACUCAACCUGGAGAAGCCCAUGACACCCACUGACCUUAAGCCCAACAUCAGGCCCUGUCACUAUCUACAGGUGCCCCAGGAUGAGUGGGGGGGUUACCCCGGCGGCGGGAAGGACGACGAGAUCCCUUGUCGCCGGAUGCGGAGCAGCAGCUACGUCAAAGCCAUGGGGGACGAGGAGAGCGGCGAGUCGGACUCCAGCCCCAAGACGUCGCCUCAGAAGUCGGUGCGACCGGACGCCCUGGUCAAGGCCAUCAUCAGACCCAGGGAGCUGCUGGACUCUCAAAGCUCUUACCGCCUGGAUAAAAUCAACAGUGACAUGCGUAACUACAUCACCAAUUUUGCUGCAGACUUAAGUCAGAGCUACCACUUGCAAGCCGCCAGAGACAUGCACCCGAGCAUCGCCCUGGAUCCCUCUGCCAACUACAACUCGCCCAAGUUUCGCUCCAGGAACCAGAGCUAUAUGCGAGCAGUCAGCACCCUCAGUCAGGCUAGCUGUGUUAGCCAAGUGAGCCAGGUGAGUGAAACAGAAGUAAAUGGCCAGUUUGAGUCGGUGUGUGAGUCGGUGUUCAGCGAGGUAGAAUCCCAGGCCAUGGAGGCCUUGGACCUCCCUGGCUGUUUUCGGACCAGGAGUCACAGCUACCUGCGAGCCAUCCAGGCCGGUUACUCCCAAGACGACGACUGCAUCCCCCCCUUGGCCUCCACUGUCACCUCCACCAUUAGGGCCACUACAGACAGAAAUUAUGUGCAGGAAGACUCUUGUUUACCUGACCAGACCAGUAUACAUGAGGAUUUGGCAGACACAGCCCCUUUGGCUCAUGACGAUCUAGGCUGUCCCAUAAGAAGAGACAGGCUCUACCAACAAGAUAACAUGGGAGCUACAGCCAAACCUCUGUCAGGACCGCCUGUUUCUCCAAGCCUCUUCAGAUCCCCCAGAUCUAGUGCCCCAGAACGGCCUUCACCAAAAGCCAUCCAGGCCAGUAUCAAAGAGUCCGCUACCUUGGCUGCAGCGAUCAGCAUGCAGUGGAAGGAAGAGGUUUCUGCCAUGCGCAGAGAGCUUGCUGACCUAAGGAGGGACCUCUGCAAAGAGCUCCGUGCUUUCAACAGCAAUUUUAACACUUUCACGCAGCAUUACAACACAUGGUCUCCCCAAGCUGGCCACGUGGCAACUGGAGGUGGGCUAGGGUCGGGUGGCGGUGGAGUUGGAGGGUCUGGGACAGUCACAGGAGCAAAGUCAGGAGCGGAAGCAGGGGCAGAGGUGCCGGCAAAGGCAGGUACUUCAGGGGCAGGCAAAGGAGGACAUGGGAGCUCUACAGUAGAUAGAGGUACUGGGGGAGCUAAAGAAAAGAAACCACAAGUAUCCAAAGUGUCUGUGGGGACCCAGGCCAGGAGCAAGGGGCUUGUUCGGCAAAGCACUGCAGAUGCAGCUGUUAACUGUCCAGAGGAGAGUGAAGAAAAGAAAGGCGCCCGCCGAAAUCUGCCAAAACAACUCUCAAUGGACCCCAGCAUUCUGGCCUGUCCACAGUCUAUGUAUGUGGAGAGUGCCAUACCACUUUCUCUGGAUCCCAUUCUUCCAAGCUGUGUUAGAUCAGUCCAACUUGAGCCAUCCGAUUUAAAUGCAGUGUCCUCCGAAAAUACACAACCAGAAACAUCACAACCAAAGCCAGGGCUACCAGACCAGCAAAUUUUGAGUUCAUCUGACAUUGUCAUUAAUGAACCAGUCACGACUCAUGUUACAGAACCAAUUCACCCAGCCCCUGAAAGCCCAAAGGAUCCGGUUGCAGUAGAACAGGAAAUCACACCACAGCUAACAGAUAUAGACCCAGCUAAUGUACCUCAUUCACAUACUGAAACAUCUCACCCUGACAUGAUAUCUGCAGAUGCAGAACUAAUUAAAAAAGAUAUGAUACAGUUACCAUAUCCAGUCCCUGUAGUUACUGUGUCACCACCAGAGGAACAAGAUGUCAUGUCAGAUUCAGAGUCUCCUGCCAUCGUGGACACGCCAGAUUUAGUAUCUCAAGAUCAUACGACUGUGUCUUUACCAAGUUCAGAAGCAGAUGAUUCUGAUUCAGAAUUAGAGCCAAAACCAUCUGAAGUAGAAACUGAGUUCUCUGGCCCAAUAAACCAAGGGUCACUCCCACCCUGUGUCACACCCUCACCUGAUCUUGGUGUUGUUACACUGUGUAAUUUAGAGACUGGUAUCAGCUGUCCAUCUAUUGUGGUAUCAGAGUAUCUGGAUAGUGACAGUCCUAGACUUGCAAGUGACAGUGACAGUGACACAAAUCCAGAUCCUAUUAUCAGCUUUCCAGACGAUCCUUCUGACCCUCCCCCAGACCAAAUGGCACCAGCCUCGACCUCUACUUCCACUUCAACAGAAACACAACACAACACUGAACCGGAGUCCCAAGAUACAGAGUGGCCACCCCUUCCGGAGCCACUGGACACCACCUCCAUAUAUCACACUGAUCUGGUUCACUUUGACUUGGUCAUGCUGACUUCCCUAGAUCAAGAUGAUCUUGACUCAGUGUUCAUGGAUCCGGAACCAGACCCAUUUGACCUUAGCAUUGACUCUCCAUCUAAUGCUGAGUAUUUAGACCCACCUUUAUACGACUCAGAUUGCUCACCCAUAACAUCACCUGUUGAUCCUGCCUCUCCGUGCCCCCUUGAUCCUUUACAGUUAACAGAAUCCCUCUCUUCUGAUCCCACUUUUGAGGAUUUCUUAGAUCUCUCACCUCAGGACAUGGCCUUGGAUAGCGUCCCACUCCCACAGGUCACUGUCACAAUAUCCCCACCUAGUUCAGUAUCCCCUGAUACCUCACUAGAGAUAGACUGCGGCCCCGCAUCAGACUCAUCUCCACCAGAUCUCGAAGUCAUACCCUCGGUGGAUUUGUCACACAUGGAGUCCGACGAUGUUUUAGUGGAGACGCUCCAGUGCGUGGCAGCGUACCACGAGCAGGGUGACAGCGUCGGAGAAGAAUCCACAGCUAGUUCUGAAAGGUCAUCGAGCGACAGGGCCUUUCUGUGGUGCAGGUGGCAGAGGAGGGUCCAUAGACGGGAAUCAGUGCGCCGGAGUGCAAGUGUGGAACUGUGGAGUGGCAGAUAUGACUACAACAGCGCAGAAAUCACAUAUGUCUCCCUCACUCUGUGAGUUUAUACCUCAUUCUCAGCAGACUAGAAUGUAGCUCAAACUGUAUUUAUUAUUCAACCUGACGCUGCAAACGCACUGUACAGCAAAUUGGAACAAUCAAAUGUCGCGUGAUGUCGUGUGGCCAUUGGCAGUGACAUUCCAGCAUCUGGAGCCGUAAGAACUGUGUGUUGUGGAUUUGCGAGAACGCAAAGAACCCUCUGUUGUGACUGAAAGAGGACUGUGUCAGAAACAUCCACUGAUCGUUGUGAACUUUGCUAAAAGACGGUUGUCGCCGCUGAUAUGAGUGAUUGUUGCAGGACGGUUUCCUUUGUAAUCACUGGAUGAGCUUUUCAUGAAUGUUCCUGUUCAAACGGUGGAUUAUGACACAGACAUUUUGCACAAAUUUUUUUUUUUUGAGAGACUCUUUCGGAGCUCUGUUCAACUACGGAUAACGCGGCCUAAUGAAGGACCAGACAUCCCUUUGCAAUCACAAUGGAAACUCCCCCAUUGUCUUUGCAAUUUUGACAGUUAUUAUAUAACUAUGAGAACACACUGUUUACUAUGUGAGCUAUGUGAUGGAUUCUGCAAUGCUGAAGAAAAAAAAAGGAAACAAUGCUGUGAAACGAUGUCUGCACAAUCAUCGACGGAGCUCGGGAAAGGGAAAUCAUUCGACACUCAUGCUCAAAUAUACAGUAACUACAAGCCAGUACAGUUGUCAUAUGUAGCCUCUCAGCCUCAGCUUACCAAUACACAAUUUGCUACCAAACACACAGCACAUACAGUAUAAAUAUGUCUAUUUAAAACUAUACAGUGAAUAAACCUGUGUGAUAAUCAA